AUGCGUAAUAGGGACAGGAUGUACAUAAAAAUGAAAAAAUCACCGGACAAUGAUACGGUCUGCAUUACUUAUAAACGGUAUAGAAAAUUUUGCAGCCGUAUUUUAAAAAACCUUAAAAGGCAGUACGAGGAAGCUGAGUUGAAAAAAGCUGGAUCUGAUCCAAAGAGGAUGUGGAAUGUAAUCAGAAAUGUAACCCACACACAAAAGAGAUAUGUAUCCGCUAGUCCACUACUUUUGAUAAAAGAUUCUGGUGAAGAAUCUAUUGAGGAAGUUAAUAAUUUUUUUGUGAAAACCGGGAAACACAUAGCUGAGGAGGUGGCGAAAAUGAUUGACGGUGGUACAAAUACGAUUAAUAAGACACCUCUGAAUGCUACUUGUGGGUCAUUGGUUUUGUUGGAAACUGACGAGUCAGAAGUGGACCGAUUGAUUCAAACACUGCGUGGUGAUUGUGCGAUAGGCGUAGACGGUAUUCCAUCUAAUGUAAUUAAACAGUACAGGAGAUUCUUUGUGCGGCCAUUGACGUUUAUACUUAAUUUGUGUAUAAAAACAGGUGUAUUUCCCGACCUAUUUAAAAAAGCUCUGAUUCAUCCUAUACAUAAGGCGGGGGAUGCAGAUCAGGUAAAUAAUUAUAGGCCAAUCUCAGUUUUGCCUUGCUUGUCUAAAGUUCUGGAAAAAAUUAUGAACAAUCGCCUAAAGAAAUACUUGGAAGAUAAUAACAUACUUUCGAAUAACCAAUAUGCCUUUAGAAACAACAGGUCUACAAAUGACGCAGUGUUUGAACUAACAAACCAUAUUGUGCAGGCUUUGGAUAAAGGUAGGAAAAGUGUUGCAAUCUUUUUGGAUUUAGCCAAGGCCUUCGACACAGUCUCCAUCCCCAAACUGAUUGAUAAAUUGGAGCGUGUUGGUGUAAGAGAUCGACAAUUAAAACUUUUUGAAAGUUAUUUGACUAAUAGGACACAGUGUGUAAAGAUUAAUGAGUACAUCAGCAAGGAGCUUCCUAUAGAAUUCGGUGUGCCACAGGGAAGUAUACUUGGGCCCACGCUUUUCCUAGUUUACGUGAAUGAAAUGUGCAAACUGAAAAUUACCGAUGGCAAAUUAUUAGCUUUUGCAGAUGACACCGUACUUAUUUUUACAGGUGAGACGUGGGACCAAGUCUUCGGGAUGGCACAAUUAGGAUUCAAUAUAGUAACUGAGUGGUUGGCAAGUAACACAUUAUCUCUCAAUGUUGACAAGACUAGAGUCAUGCAAUUUAGCAUCAAAGGAUCGAAAAUAGCAGGAGUUGAUCGAUUUAUUACUGCUCAUAAACACAUACAUGGCAGCAACUUUGCAUGUACUUGUCCCAACUUACAUACCGUCACUAGCAUAAAGUACUUGGGUGUAAUCAUAGAUGAUAAACUGUGUUUCGCACCACAUAUUGACCUACUUACGGGAAAAAUUCGGAAGCUUAUAUAUAUAUUUAAACACUUGAGACAUGUCGCAAGGCCAACAGUUCUAAAAAGCAUAUACUUCGCUUUGUGUCAAUCCCUGUUAGGGUACUGUAUUCUAUCUUGGGGUGGGGCUUGUAAGUCAAAUUUAAUAAAGCUUGAGCGGGCACAGAGAGCUGUACUAAAAGUAAGUACUUUUAAACCGUAUCGCUUUCCCACAAAAGAUCUGUAUGAAUACUGCGAAGUUCUGACAGUACGGCAGUUGUUCAUUCUGCAAAUCAUAUUGAAGCAGCAUUCAAUGCGCAAAACAGACGCGACAUCAUCAUCGGUUUUGCGACGCAAUUUGCGUACGGUAAAGCUUCCGCCAGCUGAUAGCCAUAGGACCUCAUUCAGCGAACGCUUUUACUACUUCCUAGGGCGUUUUAUAUAUACCAAAAUCAAUAAAGUCAUUGAUAUAGAUUCAGGCAGUGAGUAUCAGUGUAAGAAGAAAGUAACAAACUGGCUCCAAAAGCUCUCUUAUAACGACACUGAAAACCUUAUACAUCCAGUAACAUAA